AUGAAGUCCUUGCUGAUCUUAGCCUUUGUGGGAGUAACUGUUGCUUUCCCCUCUGAUGAUGAUAAUGAUGACAAGAUUGUUGGAGGUUACACCUGUGAGAAGAACUCCGUCUCCUACCAGGUGUCCCUGAAUGUUGGCUACCAUAUCUGUGGUGGCUCCCUCAUCAAUAAAGAAUGGGUGCUGUCUGCUGCUCACUGCUAUCGCUUCCAGCGCUUCCAAGUGAGACUGGGAGAGAACAACAUCAGAGUCACUGAAGGAAGUGAACAGUUUAUCCAUGCAAAGAAGGUCAUCCUGCAUCCAGGCUUUAACACGGAGACCAUGGAUAAUGACAUCAUGCUGAUUAAGCUGGAAACACCUGCCAUUCUCAAUAGACAAGUUGCUCCCAUCCUCUUGCCCCACUCCUGUGCCUCCACGGGCACAAGGUGUCUCAUCUCUGGUUGGGGCAACACCUUGAGCAGCGGUGUUGGCUACUCCAAUCUGCUACAGUGUUUGAGUGCCCCCCUUCUGUCUGAUGCUGAAUGUCAGGCCUCCUACCCCAGAACAAUCACAGAAAACAUGGUCUGUGCUGGCUUCCUAGAAGGAGGCAAAGAUUCCUGCCAGGGAGACUCAGGUGGCCCUCUGGUCUGUAAUGGAGAACUUCAGGGUAUUGUCUCCUGGGGUUUUGGCUGUGCUGUAAAGAACAAGCCUGGUGUGUACACCAAGGUCUGCAAUUAUGUGGACUGGAUUGAGGAGACAAUUGUUGCCAACAGCUGA